CUUCCCAAGCGCAAGGUCCCGAGUUCCAUCCCCGGUACCGUACAUACAUACAUACAUAAAAAUAAACUAAAGACUGAAUUGCAUACCACGUGCUGCAUUUGCGUGUCCUUGAGUGUGUCCUCCAAAGGCUCGUGUGCUGGAGGCUUUGCUCCCAGGGUGUCAGUGAUGAGACGGCGGAACCGUGCGGAAGCGGGAUGAAGUGGAAGGGGACCAGAUCACGUGGGACACCACGUUCAGAAGGGAUUCAUGCUUGUCAGCCAAGGUGGAUUCGUUCGCGCGAGAAGCGAGUUGUGACCGAGUGAGGCCGGUCCGGCCCUUGACCUCUUCUCUCCUUCGGGAACUGUGAAUCCAACAAACCCGGUUUGACUGGGCUCUGCUGACUGUGUGGAUCUAGAGAGGUCAGCUGUUAGCUCUUCCAGAGCACCAGCGUGAUGAUUCCCCAGCUAUCGAUAAUAACCUGAAAAGUGGUGCGGAAUUAGGAGGCUUGGACCUUUAAGCCUUUCAAAUUACUUCUUUAGGAGGUAGAAGACGCCGUGGAAAAAGAAAAGAAAACAGGAAGACCCAGAGAUACAGCUCAAAGUGAAUAUUGCUUCUCUUGGAUUUAUUCUGGAAAUUCCUCCAGGAUGAAACUUCAGACCUGUUGGGUUUUUAUCUGAAUGCCAUCUUAACAGAAGUGCGUCCUUGAAUCGAAAAGUCUGAAUGGGAUCAAGAAUGAACCUCAUCGAACACUCCCACGUACCGGCCAUGGAGGAAUUUUCCCUUUCUGAAAGUUUAUUUGGUGUGCUGUCAGAGCCAGCAGCGGGUCCUCUGGGACAGAGCCUGGACGUGGAGCCAUACUCACAAUACAGCAAUGUCCAGUUCGCCCAAGUUCAACCACAGAUCUCCUCAUCCUCCUAUUAUUCCAACCUGGGCUUCUACCCCCAGCAGCCGGAGGAGUGGUACCCUCCUGGGGUCUACGAACUCCGGCGAAUGCCUCCUGAGACUGUGUACCAGGCAGAGACUGAGGUGGCAGAGAUGCCCGUAACGAAGAAGCCCCGGAUGGGCGCCUCAGCGGGGAGAAUAAAAGGGGACGAGCUGUGCGUCGUCUGUGGAGACAGAGCGUCCGGGUAUCAUUACAACGCCCUGACGUGUGAGGGCUGCAAAGGUUUCUUCAGGAGAAGCAUUACCAAAAACGCCGUGUACAAGUGUAAAAAUGGCGGCAACUGCGUGAUGGACAUGUACAUGAGGAGAAAGUGCCAGGAGUGCCGACUAAGGAAGUGCAAAGACAUGGGGAUGUUGGCUGAAUGUAUGUAUACAGGCUUGUUAACGGAAAUUCAAUGUAAAUCUAAACGUCUGAGGAAAAACGUGAAGCAGCAUGCAGCUCAGGCCACAGACGAGGACGGCGAAGGGCGCGACUUGCGGCAAGUGACCUCCACCACGAAGCCGUGCAGGGAGAAAACUGAACUCACCUCAGAUCAACAGAAUCUUCUACGUUACAUUAUGGAUUCAUAUAGCAAACAGAAGAUGCCGCAGGAAAUAACAAAUAAAAUGUUAAAAGAAGAAUUCAGUGCUGAAGAAAAUUUCCUCAUUUUAACAGAAAUGGCUACCAGUCAUGUGCAGAUCCUUGUAGAAUUCACAAAAAAGCUGCCAGGAUUUCAGACUUUGGACCACGAAGAUCAGAUUGCUUUGCUGAAAGGAUCUGCUGUUGAAGCUAUGUUCCUCCGUUCAGCUGAGAUUUUCAGUAGGAAACUCCCAGCUGGACAUGUUGACCUACUGGAAGAGAGAAUUCGAAAGAGUGGCAUCUCUGACGACUACAUAAUCCCCAUGUUUAGCUUUUACAAAAGUGUCGGAGAAUUGAAAAUGACCCAGGAGGAGUACGCUCUUCUCACCGCCAUUGUUAUCCUCUCUCCAGACAGACAGUACAUAAAGGACAGAGAGGCGGUGGAGAAGCUCCAGGAGCCCCUGCUUGAAGUGCUGCAGAAGUUGUGCAAGAUCCACCAGCCCGAGAACCCCCAGCACUUCGCCUGCCUGCUGGGCCGCCUGACGGAGCUGCGCACGUUCAACCAUCACCACGCCGAGAUGCUGAUGUCCUGGAGAGUGAACAACCACAAGUUCACCCCGCUGCUGUGCGAGAUCUGGGACGUGCAGUGAGGAGCCACCCCGAGAAUAGACACCGGUGCCUGCCUUCGCUCUGUUCCGUCAGAAUCCCACGACACUGGUGUAGUCACUGUGCCACCUCUGCACUUGUAAAUACGGGGUGGGUGGGGUAGGGCUACUUUCUCUGCGUGCUUUUCACAAGGCUGCAGGGAAUCCUCUGCCCCGACUGGCAGGCCCUGUCUGCCUAAUUAAACGGAUUGUUUCUUCACUUCUAGCUGUCGGAGCUGGGGAAGCCUCAUUUUGCUCUUCAUCUUACCAUUAUUGCAUGUAUUUUAUUAAAGAGUUGUGUUUAAUUUUGGCAAUAAACUGAGCGUGAUGGCAACAGGCUUUUUUUCUGUGGGCACAAAAUUUGACAAACAUUUCUUUAGGUGAUGAAAGACACCAUCCGACUAAGCCCAGAGGCCUGUGGUGAUUAAACAAAGAUAAACAGGACCUAAUGGCACGUUUCCGCCCCAGAGACCCCCAGGGAAGGUAAUAGUCAUUCGUCUGUAAUGGCCCUCUGAUCCGCCCUUUUGCUUUGAAACGCAAAGAGAACAGCAUACAGAAAAGUUAAUAGUUUUCACACAAAAUAUUCCCACAAGCAAUCCCUGUCUGUUUAUUGGGGUCUAGGGGCACCACCUACAAGUUGAGAGUGACUUGAAGGUCCCUUAUCUCCCUUAAAAAUGCUCAUUGUGGGCCAGGGAUUUAGCUCUGGUUCUGCCACCUGCCUCACAAACACAACAUCCUGAGUUUGUUCCCUGGUACAAAAACAAACAAACAAAAACCCCCAAAAUGUUCAGUAUGGUUUCAGUGCAUACAAUGUAUCAUUUUAAAAUUUAUUUUGUCUAGGGCCGGGGAUUUAGCUCAGCGGUUGGGUGGCCUG